AUGGCCAGCCCACAGCAGAUCCGCACCGUCACGACCGAUCUCUUGAAGAUUAACCACCCCAUCAUGCUUGCCGGCAUGAACGUCGCCGCCGGUCCGAAGCUCGCCGCCGCCGUCACCAACGCCGGCGGUAUCGGUGUCAUUGGUGGUGUCGGCUACACCCCAGACAUGCUCCGCGAGCAGAUUGCAGAGCUCAAGGGCUUCCUCAAGGACAAGAAUGCUCCAUUCGGCGUCGAUCUUCUCCUCCCGCAGGUCGGUGGUAGCGCACGAAAGACCAACUACGACUACACCAAGGGCAAGCUCGGCGAGCUCACCGACAUCGUCAUCGACUCCGGCGCCCGCCUCUUCGUCUCCGCCGUCGGCGUGCCCCCCAAGCAGAUCGUCGACAAGCUCCACAAAGCCGGCAUCCUCUACAUGAACAUGAUCGGCCACCCCAAGCACGUCAAGAAGUGCCUCGACCUCGGCGUCGACAUGAUCUGCGCCCAGGGUGGUGAAGGAGGAGGCCACACCGGUGACGUCCCUACAACCGUCCUGAUCCCAGAGGUCGUCCGUCUCUGCAAGAACCGCAAGUCGCCCAUGACUGGACAGCCAGUGCAGGUUAUUGCUGCAGGCGGUAUCUUCAACCACCAGACUCUCGCUGCUGCUCUCGCGCUCGGUGCCAGUGCUGUCUGGGUUGGUACCCGAUUCGUGCUUUCCGAGGAAGCCGGCGCCCCCAAGGCCCACCAAGAAGCCGUCAAGACCGCCGGUUUCGACGACAACGUCCGCACCAUCAUCUUCACCGGCCGACCCCUCCGCGUCCGCAACAACCCAUACAUCCAGAACUGGGAAGAGAACCGCCAAAACGAGAUCAAGGAGCUCACGUCCAAGGGCCACAUCCCAGUAGAGUGGGACAUUGAGAGGAUGGGUGAUGACGUUGAUGACGAUACUAUGGACAAUGCAAGGCCGUUCUUGAUGGGUAAGGCCGCUGCGGUGGUGAAUGAGAGGGACAGUGCGAAGAAGAUUAUUGAUGAUAUGGUCGGUGGGGCCGUGGAGGUCAUGCAGAAGAAUGUUAGCUUCAUUACUAGCAGGAGUAAGUUGUAG